GGUCAUAGACUGCAGACAUACUACAGGAGAAGAUCAGAGACUACAGACAUAUUACAGGAGAUGGACAGAGACUGUAGACCUACAACAGUAGAUGGUCAGAGACUACAGACAAACUACAGCAGAUGGUCAGAGACUACAGACAAACUACAGCAGAUGGUCAGAGACUGCAGGCAUACUACAGGAGAUGGUCAGAGACUGCAGGCAUAAUACAGGAGAUGGUAAGAGACCGCAGAAAUAAUACAGGAGACAGUUAGAGACUGUGGACAUGAUACAGGAGAGAGUCAGAGACUGCAGACAUAAUACAGGAGAUGGUCAGAGACUGCAGA